GCGAGGAGGAGCCGGCUUUUUGGGGGCCCGGUGUCGGCGAGCAGCGGUGCGAGGGCAUCAUCCCGGGGCACAGCAGCGAGCGCGCCGGGUUCGAGCUCCGUGCCGGGUGGGUCGCGGUCGUCACGCCGGCUGGAAAGCACGACGGAUUCCGGGACGCCAGGGAGGAGGAUCCAUGGAGACACGCGACUCUGCUGUCGUUGCUGCUGCGUUGUCAUGGAGUACUUCCUGGAAAAGCUGCGAAUGUCCCGCUCUACCAAGGAUGACGAGACCCCUCCCCCGUCGCCUUACGCAGACCAGCAGCGAAGGCCGUCGAGGCUCCUGGGCUGCCAGCUUCACUACCCGUCUCCGACCUUUAUCGACAGGGUACUCUUGGCCCGGUCGCUCAAGGUGCGGCGCACGGAAGGUGAAGGCGUGGCCGAGUUCAGCAACAGCGAGUUUGUUCAAGAGUGCCUGCGUACACACAACGAACUCAGGCUCCGGCACGAGGUACCUCCGCUGCGGCUCUGCUCCAAGCUCUGCGACCUGGCACAAUACUGGGCCAAUCACCUGGCCCACACGGACGACUUCUACUACCGGAAGUUCAGGGACGUCGGCGAGAACCUCUUCUGCCGAUGGUCUUACGUGCCGGACUUUGACGUCACCGGAGAACAAGUCGCCAGGUACUGGUACAGCGAGAUCAAGUACUACGACUUCCUACUUGACCCGUCCAUACUCCACGUUCAGGCAGGUCACUUCAGCCAGAUGGUGUGGCGCAGCAGCACCACGUUCGGCGUAGGCAAGGCCCGUACGCGCUCGGGCAAGAUCAUCGUGGUGGCCAUGUACAAGCCGGCCGGCAACGUGCUGGGCGAGUUCCACCACAAUGUGCUGCCACAGCCGCACACCGACGAGGACGACGGGAGCGUGUCGCCGCAGCUGAGUGACGUCGCGGCCGCAGCGUCCGCCGUCGUCGCCGCCGCCGCUUCUCCGUCGUCUUCGUCUUCUCUGUCGUCUGCCUGACGCUACUUUUCAGGGAGGAACCCUCGCCGGCGGCUACCGCGAUUUCUCAUCCGCGGUCUCGGGACUUCAACUGAUCAACUAUGAGACCACACACGCCUACGAAGAAAAAAAAAGACACAAGAAUGA